AUGGCGUCUGAGACGAAGAAGGCGAGCAAGCCCAAGCCGUCUCUGGACGUGUACAAGCAGAGUUUCCGCGAGUACCUGCGUGAGACGGAUGCCGUGAAGGACGAGACGGAGCUGGAGCAGCUCAUGAAGCUGCUGCACGAGCCGCUGCCCGUGUCCUUCCGCCUGAAUCUGCACCGGCCCGACGCCGACAGGCUGAAAGAGCUGCUGGUAUCGAAGCUCCAGUUCCCGAGUGACAAGUAUUUCCACGGAGAAAUCCCCGUGAACCCGGCUAAGCCGAUCGCGUGGUAUCCGCUGGAGAAUGUGGCGUGGCAAAUGGACUGCGGCCGUGUUGCGCUCUCCAAGAGUGCGCCGAAGCACGAGGAUGUCCGCGCCUUCCACUCCGUUCUGCUGGAGCAGACUGACCGGGGAAAUAUCGAUCGGCAGGAGGCGGUGAGCAUGCUGCCCGUGUUGUUCCUGGAUGUGCAGCGUGGCCACCGCGUGCUGGACAUGUGCGCCUCCCCUGGAUCCAAGACGACGCAGGUUAUCGACUUCUUGCUCUCGGCGGAGAGCAGCAGCGCUGGCGAGCAGAGUGGACUGGUAAUCGCCAAUGAUCUGGACAAGAAGCGCUCGUAUAUGCUGGUGCACCGCCUCUCGCGGAACACUCUGCGUCGUGCUGUAGUGACGUGUGGCGCCGGUGAUACGUUCCCCGGUCUUUAUGACGCUGAGACCAAGACGCUGCAGCCUACCAACGUAUUCGACCGCGUGCUGUGUGACGUCCCCUGCAGUGGUGACGGCACUCUGCGCAAGAACCAGUCGCUGUGGAAGGACUGGCACAUUGGCCAAGGCCUCACGCUGCACCCGAUCCAGCUCGCGUUGGCUCUCCGUGGUGCUGCUCUACUCAAGGUGGGCGGCACCAUGGUCUAUUCUACGUGCUCGUUCAACCCCGUCGAGAACGAGGCUGUGGUUGCUGAGCUGCUGCGUCAUGCUGGUGGAUCGCUGGAGCUGCUGGAUGUCUCGAAGAAGAUGCCGCAGCUCGUUGCGCGUCCGGGUCGAUCCAAGUGGCGUGUGGGCUGGCGCUCCAAGUCCAAGUCGACGCACAAAGGCCACCUCUUCAAGGUUGACAACGCGGACGACAGCAGUGACAAGCAGAGCCUGCACCAGUGGUUUGACAGCUACGACUCGCUCACUCAGGACCUUCGUGGAAGCCGCGUGACGCGCUCCAUGUUCCCGUGUGAAGGCGCCAUUGCCCAGGAGCUGCACAAGACCCUGCGUCUCAUCCCGACGGAUCAAAACUCUGGUGGGUUUUUCAUCGCUGUGCUGCGCAAGGUGGCGGACUUGCCUGGUGAUGAAGGUCGUCAGGAAGGACUUCCCGCGCUUGAGGAGCUGCAGGCGACGCCGCCGGCUGACUACGUUUGCAAGCUGUGUAACAAUGGUGGUCACUUCUUGAAGAGCUGCGAGAAAUACUUGCCCGACACCGAGUUCGCUGCCUCGAACUCGUCGCUCAAGCCGCAGAAGAAGAAGCGCCGCACAGAGGAGCCCGCGGAUGCCAACAAGAGCUCCAAGAAGAAGAACGACAAGAAGCGGGAGAUGCUGUAUCGCCCUGUUGGCGACGAAAUCUGGCAGCAGUUGCGCGAUUUCUACGGUCUGCAAGACGAAACUUUGAAGGAGCGCUUCUGGUGCCGUUCGGACACAGCGGCCACCGUUAACUACGUGGACAAGGAGAUCUCGGACGCGUGCCUUGGUGGAGACGUCCUUGAUAUCGUCAACACGGGCCUCAAGGUGUUCACCAAGGUUACUGAGCGUGGCGAGGUGUUCUACCGCCCGUCAGAGGAGAGUCUCGGCUUCUUCGACGAUUUCUUCACCAAGAGGCGGCUUGACAUCCCUAUCGCCGAUUUCUCGAGUCUCCUUAAGAAUGCGGAGCAGCACGUGGCGUUCGACACGCUGUCUUCAGACCUGCAGAAGGCCAUGGAGGGCAUGCCCAUGGGCCCAGCGGUUGUCCGCGUCAAGGAGCACGAGCAAGUGCGAAUGAACAUUUGGGUCGGCAAGGGCUCCAUCCUGCCCCGCGUGUCGAAGGCCAUGCGCGGAGAGGUCGAAGACGCGCUCAAGCAAUGCACUGACAACUAG